AUGAAUCAAAAUAUUGGAUUCGACGAUAAUUCAUUAUCACAUGAAUUUGUCAUCAAUUUCAUUGAAAGUCUACCAGCUGAUUUAAUCCCUGAUUCGGCCAAGUAUGCUUCAUUUAUUUGCUUGUGUGACAUGCCAUCGGCAUAUAUACAAACACGUGUAAAAUUUUUCUGUUUAUUCAAUAUUUUUCUUGAAAAAACAUUGCCAAAGAUAGACUUUAUUGUACCAUCGGGCAUAGGUUUUAUUGUAGAUCGAAUUCGUUCGGUACGACAUUGUAUAUUAUUUAUAACAAAAUAUGAUGUAUUCAAUGAAGCCUUAGUUAAAACUGCCGAUAGUUCAGCAUCAUCAGAAGUAGAUAUUAAAUUUGAUAUUGUAAAAGUUAGUACAGCUGAACAUCUCGAGGAAACCAUGUUUUAUCAAGCAUAUAAACAAUUAAAUUCUGAUGCAUCUCGAACAUUUCGACGAUCGAAUGAUGAAAAAGCCUGGAAAGCAACCUAUGUUGGCAUGUUUAGUGACGAUCAAGGCGGACCUUAUCGAGAUUUAAUAACACGAAUAUGUGCUGAUUUAUGUAGUACCCAAUUACCAUUAUUUAUUCUUUGUCCGAAUGGAUGA